GUUAUUGCUUCUUUUGGGGGUGAGAGGAGCUUUUACGGCCUUGUGGAUGUAUGCUCUAGUAGAGUGCUUACUUGAGUUAAAAAAAAAAACAGCUUACCAACAGAACAAAGUGAACACCUUAUGAAACAAACGAACAAGAGGCUGUGGCAGUACAGCAACUGAUAUAACCUUAUAUCCAGUUUCUGGAUAUAACCUUGUCCUCUUUUGCUCUAAUACAUGAUUGGUAAGUUGCAAAAUGGAGAGUUUUGAAUGGCUGAUGCAAUUUUUAAGAAAUUAGUAGAAUAACUGUAAUCGUAAAGACACAUUAAAUGCAGUGUGUGUAUUUGGUCAGAAUGGACCCUGCAGUAAUUGCAAAAUUACAGUGAAUUGGGAGCAUGCAUUUAGCAGAGGGGAAAACUUUGUUACACAAUAACUAUUUAAAAGUAUGUCAUUCAGUGUGAUCAAAAAGUGGAGAAAAAGGUUUUUAAGACAGAUAUAAAUCCAUAAUCAUGUUCUAAACAGGAUAGUAAAACUUUUGGGAUGUUAUGUUGUUUACUUCUGUAUCAUGGUUGGUUUGAUGUGAAAUUUUUAUUCAUGGGAAUGCUUGUUUAUAAUGACUAAGGAGCAGAAGAUGUGAUACUACAAUGAAAAGGUGGAUGGAUAUGAGAGAGAGGACUGAGCUUGUACCACUUGGGACACUGUCAUGGAAAUUUAAUAUGAAAGCGUUAGUCUUUUUUCAACUCUCCUUCAUUCUGUAAUACUGAACUUCUGGCUCCCUUUUUGUUAACUUUUGGUCGUGACCUAGACAAAAGCAGCCUAUUCACAUGUUUGUUUACAUGUACCUGAAAGUUUUGGAUACAGUCCUGGUUGCUGUUCAGUGAUAGCUUUGUCCUUAUGUCAGAUCUGCUUAUUAAAUAAGGGUCUUAUGAGGGAGCGUUAAUUAACAAUGUAUGAUGUAAGCUGUAGUUAAAACAGUCUUAAUUAGGAAGUAUUGCAGAAGGAAUAUCAAGCUUUUAGGCUGUAGGUACUGCUAGGUCUUUGCAGCUUCUUAUUUCCAGUUUUGUGUUGAUCGUGUUUUCCCCACCAGCGGCAUCUGUCAGAUAGUACGUAUUUCCAGCAAAGUCACUUGGAAAUGCACCUGGUUGUUCUCUGUAUCUCUUAGUUAAGGGUGAGAAGGUAGUACAGGAUGGGAACAUACCAGCUGUGAAGUUACUGAGAAGACUAAUUCUCCUUAAACACCUUUCACAGAUGUUGCAUUUCUAUGCACACGCUUUGUUAACCAGCCUGUUGUUCUCAUUUUUAUUUCCGUAGGUCCAGAUCCAGCAUUCAGUGUCUGAAUAAAAAGGAAUGCAGAGUGGAUAACCUAUGUGAUGGGAAAGCAAAGGAGAAUAAUGUACUGUUAACUACCUGGGCUGUAUUAUUUUUGAAUUGAGUUUUUCCCUAACUGAAGCUCCUUCACUUCCAAUAUGGAGAUGAAUCGAGAAAAAUUGUGUACCAAUAAAGCUGAUAUGAGCUCAGAAUCUACUUAUCAUUGCUCAGCAUGUCAUGAUGAUGAGGAGUGGAGCAGUACUAGCCGAGGUCGAGCUAAGUCACGAAGCCUGUCUGCUUCACCAGCCCUAGGAAGCACCAAAGAAUUCCGGAGGACACGCUCCUUGCAUGGACCAUGCCCAGUGACCACCUUUGGACCAAAAGCCUGUAUGCUGCAAAAUCCUAAAACGAUCAUGCACAUUCAGGACCCAGCAAGCCAGCGGUUGACGUGGAACAAACCUCCCAAGAGUGUCCUUGUUAUUAAAAAGAUACGUGAUGCUAGUCUACUGCAGCCUUUUAAAGAACUCUGUGUGUAUCUCACUGAGGAGAAUAACAUGAUAGUGUAUGUAGAAAAAAAAGUUUUGGAAGAUCCAGCCAUAGCUAAUGACGAUAAUUUUGGACCAGUGAAGAAGAAAUUUUGCACCUUCAGAGAAGAUUAUGAUGAUAUCUCCAAUCAGAUAGACUUUAUCAUAUGUCUGGGAGGAGAUGGGACCUUACUUUAUGCUUCUUCACUUUUUCAGGGUAGUGUACCUCCAGUUAUGGCUUUUCAUCUGGGAUCCCUUGGAUUUCUUACUCCAUUUAAUUUUGAGAAUUUUCAGUCCCAAGUCACUCAGGUUAUAGAAGGCAAUGCAGCACUUGUUCUACGAAGCAGGCUGAAAGUGAGAGUUGUGAAAGAGAACAGAGAGAAGAUGGCAAUACACAAUGGUAUAGAAGAAAAUGGAGUAGUAUCUACAAAUAUAGAGAAAGAAGUGGGCAAACAAAUUAUGCAAUAUCAGGUCCUAAAUGAAGUUGUAGUGGAUCGUGGUCCUUCUUCAUACCUUUCCAAUGUAGAUGUCUUUCUAGAUGGACACCUUAUAACCACAGUGCAAGGGGAUGGAGUCAUCGUCUCCACACCAACUGGUAGCACUGCAUAUGCAGCUGCAGCAGGAGCUUCUAUGAUUCAUCCAAAUGUUCCUGCAAUAAUGAUCACUCCAAUCUGCCCUCACUCGUUGUCUUUCAGACCUAUUGUUGUUCCUGCUGGAGUGGAGCUCAAGAUUAUGCUUUCCCCAGAUGCCAGGAAUACAGCGUGGGUUUCAUUUGAUGGAAGGAAGAGACAGGAAAUAUGCCAUGGAGACAGUAUUAGCAUCACUACCUCUUGCUAUCCCCUUCCUUCGAUCUGUUUCCGAGAUCCUGUGAGCGACUGGUUUGAAAGUUUGGCUGAGUGUUUGCACUGGAAUGUUCGGAAGAAGCAAAAUAACUUUACUGUUGAAGAAGAAGAAUUUUAAGCAGCUGCAUCUAAAAAGACUCAUGGGAAUGGAAAGUGGCAGUAUCUCUUCUUUAAAUUUUUGAAUUCUAAGUUUUUUGCUAAUACAUAUGGAGACACAGAGAAACCAUACACAGUGAUGUACCUCAUACCAGUCGGAUCUGCUGAUGGCCUGAAAUCUACUGCUACUUCCUGUCUGCUAGGAAAAGGAAUAGAAAAAAUUAGGCUCUGAUUUGUUGUAAUCCAAAUUUAAUUUCCUUUAAAUGUGAAAUUUCAACAUGGAUUAUUUCUGAUGAUAUUGACAAGCAAGCCUGUAAUUUGAUUGCAACCAAUAACUUACCAGUAACGUGGUAGGCUGUGUGUAGAUACCUAACAGAAUAGUGACAUUAAAAUAUUUAGUUUGUUGUACUUAUAUUUUUUUUCUGCAUAUAAAACUUUUAAGGAAUUUACUUUUAGAAGAAGCUCUUUGUUAGCUUCAAUAUAUCUUGCUCAGAAUGUCUCCCUAUCAAGGCAGCAUUUAUAGUACUUUCUCUGUAGUUGCAAAUGCGAGAAACGGUGAAGGAACACCCAGGAAUGUUUUCUAUGAAUAGAUUGAACUAGUUUAAAAAAAUAAGAAAGGAAAAACUCUCAAUUUGAUUGAGUGGUAUUUGACCUUUAGCAGUCAUCGCCUUAUAAAUAUCCACAAGUACCAUGGAGAAGUGUUAGUGUGGGCUGACUUGGGAUUACAGUGAUUUACAUUUUUGUAGCUGAGCUAGUUUGUAGCUCUGCGUUUUUUGUUGGUGAAUCAUCAAUGUGUUUGAUUUCUUACUAUUUUUGUUUAAUUAUCUGGAAUGAAUGGUAGCAUUAGAGACUACAGAGUUAAAAUUUCACCAGGUGCUCAAGAAGAGUCUGGACUUGAAUUACUACUCUGUUGUCUAGUUCCACUGUCUUGAAGAAAACCAAAAUCCUAAACUAGGUCCCGAAUGCCUUCAGCAUUCACGGAUAUCAUCUUCCAACUUUGGGUACUGAGUAAUACAGAAAGGGAUACUACAUUGGUAGGCUGAUCAGUGAGAAUAUACAUUCCCAAUACAGUAGCAACGGUGCCUUCAGCACACUCAAGGUAUUCUAAGUCUCAUAUGUACAUUUUUUAAAGAUGCUUUCAAAUGUUUCUAACUUCUUGAUGUACAUAUUUUAUUGUACAUGCUUUUAUGAAAAUAAGCAGUUUGGGAUAAGGGCUUGUGCUGUAUAUUGACUGAAAAUAUAUAAAGCCCAAGAAUAUUGUUUACAUUUAUGUUCUUUGUUGUGCAGUCUCAUGAUGAUACUAUCCAAACUGUAGCAUUUUCAAAAUGUUGCGCAUCAGCCAUUAAAGGAGUGGACAUUAUCUGUUAUAUUUAUGGCCUACACCAUAAUAUUGUGGAGGAAUUAAUUUCUUCCUGAUUAAGGUGGAAUUUCUUUGCAAAAUGAUUGCAGAGGACUUUUUGUGGUUGUCUUAUGUUUGUGUGGUCCAAGACAGUAAAGGGAAAUGUAUUAAUUUCUAAACUCUACAUAACCUGCUCUCCUCUAGUUUAAUGAAUGUCUCCUCCUUUUUGGAUGCUGCCCUAGACUGUUUAGUUUUAUUAAAUCAAGAUGAGAGCACUUUUCCAUAAAGCAGAAACAAACUCAAUUAAGGCUACAAAUCACAAUGAAAUUGUGUUACUAUAAUUAAUACUCAGUUUGUAAAUUUUGUAAAAUAUAAUACUGAUUUUAAUUUAGUCUAAACAGACAAAUUUUAUGGUAUUUUGGAAAAUUUUCAGAUAGCUUUUGGGAUUUGUCUUUCAUUUCAAUCUGCAGUAAUCUGUAAAUUGUUCUGAAGUCGCUUACAGGUUUUCUAGAUGAAAUAUUCAGUUAUUAAAUACCUGUUGACUUUUUAAACUAUAGAAGCAUCAAACUUUUUGCUUUAAAACCAUUUGUUUUCUUAUUUAAACUUGGAAUAAUUGAGACAAAGAACAGGGUACAGUGGUUGUAUAAAUGUAUUAAGUGAAAAAUAAGCAGAAUACUAGGCACAUUAGGAGGUGGAAAUCACUUUGAGAAGGUGAGAUGAAAUGAUUAAUGAGCCUUAUUCAGUAUUUUUUUUUAAGAUAAAACUAUAUUCAGCACUUUUUAUUUAUACUUUUUCAUAAUAGUAAAUCUAAUGGAGUAAAUUGUCCACUUUAGAGUGUGUAGUUCAUGAAAUCUGUAAACAAAACUUAUUUAACUACUUUCUCUAAAUUAGAUUUACUGGGUUGUCUUUAAAUUUAUCAUAUAUUGCAAUUGCAUUAUGGGCUUUGAGGCUUUACAGUUUUUGCUUUUAUUACUGUUCCCACUUGAUAACAAUUUUAUUUGGAUCACUCCCCAGUCAAGUAGAGAGGUACUAUGACUGACUACAGGAGAAAAAAAGUCAUAUGAUUUACUUCAGAAAAGCUGCUUUGAUCAUAACAUUACUAGCUGCUCUUUACCAAGACACGAUCCAAAUUAUUUGUGUUAAUACAUUACAAAUUUAUCUAACUGUCCAAAGUCCCUUUUCAAGGCCUUUGCUCUUCAAACCAGCAGUUCACAAGCAGGAUAUGAGGUUUGAUUGGCAUUCAGGUUUUGCACAGUUAACUGCCUAAAACGUGUGUGUAAGAGGGUGGGGUGCAGGAUAACUUCCGUUCAAACCAGACAUGAAUCGGAAAAAAAGCUCUAACGCAGAUUUGGUUAUGUUUUGCAACAAAAAGCUUAUUUGCUGAUGUAGCUUACUCCAUUACAGGAACUCCUUUAAGCUGAAGUAGUAAAGUAGCUUUUUGCUGGUUAUGAGCAGUUGAGCAGUAUUUUUAAUAUAAGGGUUUGUUCAUAAUACCAUUUCUACAAACUUGUUCUAAUCCAACAGGAGCCAAAAAGGGAGGUUUGGAAAUGAAUUUAUUAAAAAAAACAAAAAAACCAAAAAAACAGUAACUCUCUAGUAGAGUUUAAGCAGUUAUUAAAAACUGAUGCAAUAUGAUAUAAUGCAGAGUG